AUCCAAAAUAUAUAAACAGUUCCUAUCUGAUGGUGCACCUCCGUUCCAUAGAUGCGCGUGUUCAACGACGGUGCAGCAGCAGUGGCGCGCGAGGGGAGGACUGGACCAAUAAAGAAAAGACAGUUGCUGGCUGGUGACGAUGAAGAGGGAAAGAAGAAGAAUUACAAACCUGAGCUCCCCACCUUCCACUCGCACUUGCCGUCGGCCGUUGUAGUGGCGUUGAGUCGCGAGGGAGAUAAACGCUACAGAAAAGAAAAAGGGAAUUUUGGGUUUUUUUUCUUUUGUAUGUGGGGGCAAUUUUGACAUUUCAUUUACUCAUCCCAAAAACUCUUCACUUCUUCCAAUUUUACACACCGUCAGAACUUCCGAGAGGAUCCCAAAAUUGCGCUGCUUAUUUCCUCCGACUAGGGCGGCUCCCGGUCUUCUCGACGGAGACCCUUCAUCCGAUUUAACUCGCUCUGGGUCACCUUCUCCAUUUGGGGUUCUUGUUCGAAUCCCGACAACGAAGAGCAAGAGGACUGAUCUGCUCCCCUUGUAAAAGACUCGAGUGCAGAGAGAGGGCUCUACGAUGGAUGUUCAAAUGAAGGACGAAAAGAGCUUGGAAGAAGAAGAUGAAUAUGUUGAAUAUGUUCCUGUGGCAAAACGUAGAGCAAUGGAAGCUCAAAAGAUUCUUAUGCGCAAGGGCAAGGCUUCUGCUCUUGAGGAAGAGUUGGAGAAAUCAAGACUUGCUGAAGCCAAGCCUAGUCUCCUUGUAAAAGCAUCUCAGAUGAAGCGUGACCAACCAGAAGUUAGUCCAACAGAACAGAUUGUUCAGCAAGAGAAAGAGAUGAUCGAGCAUUUAUCUGAUCGUAAAACUCUAAUGUCAGUUCGUGAACUAGCAAAAGGAAUUACAUACACAGAGCCAUUAUUGACUGGAUGGAAGCCACCGUUGCCAAUCAGGAGAAUGCCAAAAAAGGCGUGUGAUUUGAUUCGUAAACAGUGGCACAUAAUAGUUGAUGGUGACGAGAUCCCACCGCCUAUCAAAAACUUCAAGGACAUGAGACUCCCUGAACCAGUUUUGAAGAAAUUGAAAGAAAAAGGAAUUGUGCAACCUACUCCCAUUCAAGUCCAAGGUCUUCCUGUUAUUUUAUCUGGGAGAGAUAUGAUUGGGAUUGCAUUUACGGGUUCAGGAAAGACCCUAGUUUUUGUUCUUCCUUUGAUAAUGAUCGCAUUGCAAGAAGAGGUCAUGAUGCCUAUUGUUUCAGGAGAAGGACCUUUUGGUUUGAUUAUUUGUCCAUCAAGAGAGCUUGCUAGACAGACCUAUGAAGUGGUGGAACAGUUUUUAAUUCCCAUGAAGGAGGCUGGAUAUCCAGAACUAAGGCCUUUACUUUGUAUAGGUGGAGUGGAUAUGAGGUCACAAAUAGAGGUUGUGAAGAAGGGUGUUCAUAUUGUUGUUGCAACCCCUGGGAGGUUGAAGGAUAUGUUGGCAAAAAAGAAAAUGAACCUUGAUAAUUGCAGGUAUCUUACUUUAGAUGAGGCUGAUAGACUAGUGGAUCUGGGAUUCGAAGAUGAUAUUAGGGAAGUUUUUGAUCAUUUUAAGGCUCAACGUCAAACUCUACUAUUUUCUGCCACAAUGCCUACCAAAAUUCAAAAUUUUGCAAGAAGUGCCCUAGUAAAGCCUGUGACUGUUAAUGUGGGAAGAGCUGGAGCUGCAAAUCUUGAUGUCAUCCAGGAGGUCGAGUAUGUGAAACAAGAGGCAAAAAUUGUUUACUUGCUCGAGUGCCUACAGAAAACUCCACCUCCAGUGUUGAUAUUCUGCGAGAACAAAGCGGAUGUUGAUGACAUUCACGAGUAUCUACUCUUGAAAGGUGUUGAAGCAGUGGCAAUUCAUGGAGGAAAAGAUCAGGAAGAGAGAGAAUAUGCUAUAUCUUCCUUUAAGGCUAGCAAGAAAGAUGUAUUGGUUGCUACUGAUGUUGCAUCAAAGGGUUUAGAUUUUCCAGACAUUCAGCAUGUAAUCAACUACGAUAUGCCGGCUGAAAUUGAAAAUUAUGUCCAUAGGAUUGGACGAACGGGACGAUGUGGUAAGACAGGUAUUGCAACAACAUUCAUAAACAAGAAUCAAAGCGAAACAACUCUCCUUGAUUUAAAGCACCUUCUGCAAGAAGCCAAACAGAGGAUUCCACCAGUGUUGGCUGAGCUCAAUGACCCAAUGGAGGACGUGGAAGCUAUCACGAAUGCAAGUGGUGUCAAAGGUUGCGCAUAUUGUGGUGGACUUGGUCAUCGUAUCCGUGACUGCCCCAAGCUAGAGCACCAGAAAAGCAUGGCAAUUGCAAGUUCAAGAAGAGAUUAUUUUGGUUCAGGCGGUUAUAGAGGAGAAAUUUGAGAAAGCUGAGAAUAGAGUACCGAUGCUUUUUGUUUGAUUUCUCCCUUGCUCUAAGCGGAUUGUAAAUGUAUGAACUGAUAAAUUAGUGGUAGCUAGAUAUUCCAAUGAAAUCAUGUAGUUUGUUGUUUUA